GCGAAAAAUAACAUGAAAUGCUUCGAAAAUUCUAUUCUUUUAUUAAAGGAUCAAGUUAGAGGAAUGCAGAAAGGAAAUUACUCGAUAAAAUAUCCUUUGGAUAAAGAAAAGAUAUUUGAUCUUCACCUGAAUAGCUUAUUUCUGGGGGGUGUUCGAGUCGACGAGAAAAACAACGUGAUUAGUGCCAAAGCUCUAAAGCUGUUUUAUUAUUUAAACGAUAAAACGAGUUACAAUAAUGACAUCGCUUACGAAUGGCAACGCAAGUUUCUAGAUACUUUGACAAGAACUUCGUUUCGUUUCAUUCACGUGGAUAAAUACACUUCCAUUUCCGUCAAAGAAGAGCUCGGCAAGAUUAUGCACAGAAUGUUACCUCGAUUGCAAUUUGCAACAAUAGCAAUUCUAUUGUUUUCAAUAGCCACGUCUCUUCACAAUAACUGGAUCGAAAGCAAACCCUGGAUAGGACUCAUUGCACUGUUAUCUGGAGGAAUGGCUUUGGCAUCGUCUUUUGGCUUCAUCUUGUACUUGGGUGUGCCAUUCAUUGCUUCUAGCGGAUCCAUACCUUUCCUCAUAUUAGGUAAAUAUGAAUACAAUACGUACCAGUGUCUUGUAGAAUAAGACUAAUUAUGCAAGAGAUUUCUUUCUAGAUUUUUCUCAUAAAUAAUAAUAAUAAAUUGAAUUUUAGGAGUAGGAAUGGACGACGCAUUCGUGUUUUUGGCCUCUUGGAAAAGAACGGAUCCUAGAAAAUCCGUAGAGGAGAGAAUUGGUGACGUGUAUUGGGAAUCGGCCGUUUCCGUCACUGUAACAUCCCUCACCAAUAUUCUAGCAUUUUCUUCGGGGAUAUUCGCUCCUUACAGAAUGAUCAGGUGUUUCUGUAUAUACGCAUCGACCGCCGUCAUUUUCUGUUAUGUUUACCAGCUGACGUUUGUGGGCGCGUGCAUGGCCGUCUGUGGUUACGUCGAGAAGCAGAAUAGACAUUCCCUCUACUUCAUACGCUUGGAAGAACCCAACAAGUUUCCUGCGUGGAUCACAGGCGUUUUCUCUGUGUGGAAAUCCGAAAACACCAAAGACAUUUCCAUGUGGACACAACUCGGCAACCUCCUGUCACUUCGACGAAUACAAAUUUUAGUUCUGAUGACUUACGCCUUUCACGUCUCCGUGGGAUUUUGGGGGAUGACGCAGACCGACGUCAUAGGCGACGUUUCUCAGUCCUGUGCCUUCGAUUCGUACUUAAUGAGUUAUUACGUCAACGAUUACCAACACUUCUCGCGAUUCAAACACAGGGUUCAAAUCGUCAUCGACCAAGAAAUAAAUUACGCAGACGUAAAGAUUCAGAAGAGGAUUGAGAAGAUUUUCAAGACGAUGAGGGAGGAAAAUCUAAUUGAAGAUUCUCUUACCCAAUCCUGGUUGAGAUCCUACUUGGAAUUUCUUAACGACGAAAGAAUGUCCCUCGUGGUAAACACUUACAACGUCAGCGACAGUUACGAUUUCAUAUUGCUGUUACGUCGCAUUUUCCUGCAGCAUCCUGCUGCCGAAAAUUUCCGUAACGACAUCAAGUUCGACGCCAAUUACACUUCAAUACUAGGAAGCAGAUUCUUCUGUCAGACCAACACCAUCAAAAACGAAGAAGCGGAAAUUGACGUCAUACAGAAAAUGAGGGUCGUUACCGAUCAGUUACCAUUUACUGCAUUCCCUUACGUAUAUUUUUCAUUCUGGGUAGACGAUGCGGAUCUUCGUGUGAAAUUCACAGCUCAGAUGUUAGGAAGCGUCGUAUUGGUCGUCGUCGUUGUUUUCUUCGUUUUCAUGCCAGACACUGUCGUCACUUUAUCAAUUGUUUUCUCUAUAAUCUCUAUAGAGGUUUCUGUUUUGGGUUAUAUGGCCCUUUGGAACGUCGAACUUGCUCAAGUGUCUGUAAUUGUUUUAGUCAUGUGUGCCGGAUUUUCCGUCGAUUACUCCGUUCACCUGUGUUACGCGUAUCGACAAAGUCGAAGUCUGCGUAACAGUAUCGAAUCGGUAGGUCACGCUAUAUUUCAAGGCAGUGUAACUACAAUAAUAUCUUUGUUACCCUUAGCGUAUCCUUUAGCUUACGUUUUUGUGGCUCUGUUCAAAGUCGUGUUCUUGGUGGUCCUGUUCUCUGUCCUAAACGCUUUAAUAAUUCUUCCCGUUCUUUUAACGUUGUUCGAUGACGUAAAGCAACGUAACUGUUGCAGCUCGGACGAAGCAAUUAUUAAUAAUAACGAUUCCAACGAAACAAACGAACAAAUAAAUCUGAGUUUUUAUUCUUUGGAAACGGCAUCCGUUCGUUAAUUCAUACACAGAUGAUCUUUAUUCUAUAAACAACCAUUCAAUGUAUCAUUUACUCUGUAAUAUGCGGAAUUCGAUUUUUUACUACUUAAUUUUAAAUUAAUGAUUUGAUAGA